AUGUCGACGUUAAGCCGUAUGAAGCUCCAAAAGCGCGCUACCACACUUUCAUCUUUCACAAGGGUUCCUAAAUUAUCUAGAACGACAUCAACUCACUCAACACUCAACACUCAACGACACGUAAUAAUAGAUGUGUUUAAUUUAAUCAUUAGUUUGCCAAUUGGUGGUAUUUCAAAUUCUUGA